UGCUACGUGGGCGAGGUUGCGUGCGACUGCUCUGCAGUCUGUCGAGAGCUGUGUUGCCAUACGCAAGAGGACGCUUUAACAACGCAGUUGUCGAUCUGGAGAAAUGUUCUGUAUCUCCUGUCGAGUUUAGGGGCCUCCUUGCAGCAUCUGUUAGUCACUGGAGAGAGAAGAGCAUGCCAGCAGCAUGGCUGAAAGUGCCUAUAGAGCAAAGUGGUUUUAUAUCAGAUGCUGCAUCGUUGGGUUUCUGUUAUCAUCAUGCUGUCGAUAACCAUGCGAUGUUGGUUCAGUGGCUGCAAGAGGGGAAGACGAGAAUUGCAGACUAUGCUUCACAUCAAGUGGGCGUCUGUGGAGUUGUGCUAAAGGAAGACACACAAGAAAUUCUUGUGACGAAGGACAGACACAAGAUUAGUAAAUGGAAGUUUCCAGGAGGACUAUCUGACUAUGCUGAAGAUAUUGCUGACACUGCUGUUCGGGAAGUUAGGGAGGAAACAGGUAUCAAGACAGAGUUUCGGUCUCUACUUGCUAUCCGACAGCAACAUCAUCAGCCUCAUGCGUUUGAUUGCUCUGAUUUGUACUUUGUGUGUCGUCUCUCGCCUCUUUCUUUUGCCAUAUCCCCGUGUGAGCAUGAAAUUCUCGAGUGCUGUUGGAUGAAUAUUGACUACCUGGCAACUAGCAAGGAAGCAACACUGCUGACAGAGCGGGUGACUGGUCUCUUACUUCAUGGGUUGAAACAUGGAUUUGAGUCGAUUGAUUUACAAAUGGAUGAGUUGCCAGCAGUGUAUGAUGGUUUGACAUAUAAAUUGUUUAGUAGAAACGUUGAAUACCAACAGUAUAUGAACAAAACGCUGGGAUAGUCGAUGUCGGUCGAGGAAUGCAGACAAGACCAUAACUACUAAUUUUUUAACCAUAUUCAUUUGCUGAUUUUUGCCAUU